GCUUGUGGCACGGAGCUGUCAGUGGAGCAGCUCAGUGGUGUGUACAGUCAGGGAAGCCCUCACUCUCACACACACACACACACACACACUCUCUCACUCUCUCACGCACACACACACUCAGUAGGUCCGGUGUCUCCGGUGAGCACCGCCGCUCCGCUCUCUGCUGGCUCCACACCCCGAGUCCGAGCGCGUCUCUUCCUAAAGCAGCAGCAGCAGCAGCAGCAACACGUCCGGACCGGGGAUCGAACCAGGCUGUAGCGUUGAUCGAACACCAGCGGGGGGACAUGGCCGAUGGAAGUUUCAACGAGUCGUCCACCGGGGAAGUAGCGAAUCGCUUCGCCCGCAAAGGAGCGCUGAGGCAGAAGAACGUCCACGAGGUGAAGGACCACAAGUUCAUCGCUCGGUUCUUCAAGCAGCCGACUUUCUGCAGCCACUGCACCGACUUCAUCUGGGGAUUCGGAAAACAAGGAUUCCAGUGCCAAGUCUGCUGUUUCGUGGUCCACAAGAGGUGCCAUGAAUUGGUCACGUUCUGCUGCCCGGGGGCAGAUAAAGGGCCUGACACAGACGAUCCCAGAACGAAACACAAGUUUAAGAUCCACACCUAUGGGAGCCCCACCUUCUGUGACCACUGUGGCUCUCUGCUCUACGGCCUCAUCCACCAGGGCAUGAAAUGUGACACCUGUGACAUGAACGUCCAUAAUACGUGUGUUAUGAACGUGCCCAGCAUGUGUGGAACGGACCACACCGAGAGGAGGGGCCGUCUUUUCCUCAAGUGCGAGGUCACCGCUGAUAAGCUGCAGGUCACAGUGGGUGAAGGCAAAAACAUGAUCCCCAUGGACCCCAAUGGUCUCUCUGACCCGUAUGUCAAGCUGAAGCUCAUACCAGACCCCAAAAAUGAGACCAAGCAGAAGACCAAAACCAUCCGCUCCAACCUCAACCCCAAGUGGAACGAGUCCUUUAAGUUCAAGCUGAAACCCACAGAUAAGGACCGCAGGCUGUCGGUGGAGGUGUGGGACUGGGACCGGACCACCAGGAAUGACUUCAUGGGAGCCCUUUCUUUCGGAGUGUCCGAGCUCAUGAAGGCUCCAGUCUGUGGCUGGUAUAAGUUGCUGUGCCAGGAGGAGGGGGAAUACUACAACGUUCCCAUCUCAGAGGAGGAUGAUGGUAAUGAGGAACUGAGGCAGAAAUUUGAGGACAAAGCAGAUUGGGCAGACUCUGAUCAGAAGGCCAAACUAGGCCCAGGUAAGAAGCUGAUUGACGAGACGGACGACACCAACCCCGACCGCCUGCCAUUCAACAGCCUGGACCACGUCAAACUGGACGACUUCGCCUUCCUGGCUGUGCUGGGGAAGGGCAGCUUUGGCAAGGUCAUGCUGGCAGAGAUGAGGAACACUGAAGAGCUGUACGCCAUCAAGAUCCUGAAGAAGGACGUGGUGAUCCAGGACGACGACGUGGAAUGUACCAUGGUGGAGAAGAGAGUUCUGGCCCAACAGGACAAGCCGCCCUUCCUCACACAGCUGCACUCGUGCUUCCAGACUGUGGAUCGUCUCUACUUUGUCAUGGAGUAUGUGAAUGGGGGAGACCUCAUGUACCACAUCCAACAAGUGGGGAAGUUCAAGGAACCUCAGGCAGUGUUCUACGCAGCAGAGAUCGCUGCCGGUCUCUUCUUCCUGCACAAUAAGGGAAUUAUCUACAGGGAUCUGAAGUUGGACAAUGUGAUGCUGGACUGUGAGGGACACAUUAAGAUCGCAGACUUUGGCAUGUGCAAAGAGAAGAUUUCAGAGGGAGUGACCACGCGCACCUUCUGCGGCACUCCAGACUACAUAGCCCCAGAGAUCAUUGCAUAUCAACCAUAUGGACGCUCUGUAGACUGGUGGGCGUACGGAGUGCUGCUCUACGAAAUGCUUGCAGGACAGCCUCCAUUUGAUGGCGAGGAUGAGGAUGAGUUGUUCCAGUCUAUAAUGGAGCACAACGUGUCAUACCCCAAGUCCCUGUCCAAAGAAGCGGUCUCCAUCUGCAAAGGGCUGAUGACCAAGCACCCGUCCAAGCGCCUGGGCUGCUGCGCUGAGGGAGAGCGGGACGUCAGAGAACAUGCCUUCUUCAGACGCAUCGACUGGGAACGCCUCCAGAACCGAGAGAUACAGCCGCCCUUCAAGCCCAAAGUGUGCGGCAAAGGAGCAGAGAACUUCGACAAGUUCUUCACACGCACUCAGACCCAGCUCACACCAUCGGAUGAGCUGGUCAUCGCCAACAUCGACCAGGCCGAGUUUUCAGGGUUCUCGUUCAUCAACCCGCAGUUUGUAAAUCCGAUGCUCAACAGCGUCGAUUGAGGAAGACGAGGGAAACAUCCCGGAAGGAUCUCCCUGCCCACUGCCAACCACUUAAACCAACCGCCAAUCCAACAUCUCACCACAACUUGAUCAAGUCCCAUUUUGUGUAUUUGUUCUGUUCAUAAACAGGAACUUAAGACACGCAAAUUUGAUCUGUACAAUUAUCUUUGCCAGUAUAGUUUAUGUAGAUUAGAUGGUGUCUGGCCAUUACAAGAAAUGGUUUCCUUUAGCUUCACGACUGAUAUGUACUGUAGACCAGGUUCCCCUUCCUUAACCCUGCAGGUUACGUUGAAGGUUUCCCACAACUGGAGCCACUUUGACAGAGGAAUGUCCAGCUUUAUUUGUCUAUGCCAGUAUAUGAUUCAUUUAAGAUAUAAUAGCAUUUAAGACGUGGAUAAUUCUGUGCACAAAUUCAUCCUUACAAAUCUCAAUAGAUUAUCAUUAUAAUCCGCAUUUCUAGUUAACAGUUUGACUCUAUGUGGAUAAUCAUCCCAAUAUAGAUCUGACUGUAUGUAAUGAGUGGAAAAAGUCCCAUAUAAUGCACUGUAGUAGACGCUAUAGCCAAAUAUGAAGGACAGCUGGUGCAGGAGUUGAAACAGCCCCUUGUGAUUCAAUGGUUUCCUGAUUCAAUGUUUACAGUUUUCUUCCCCUUUGAUACAUGGUGAUGGUGUAAACAUUUUUACUUCUAGCACAAGUUGAUUCCCGCCAGUCUCAUUUUUUAAGUGUGAGUAGCAAAUCCUCUAAAGAAUGAAAAGUUCAUAUUUAAAUGAUACGAAGCCUGUAAUAGAAAAGCAAAUAUGUGAGACACAUUGAGUCGUCUUCAGUUUAUCAAAAUAAUCAUAGAGAAGAAUGAUUCAUUUCUCUCUUUCCUAGCCCUCGCUGAGCUGCAGAGUUUACACUUACAUUAUCAAUCGUUCUAUGGACACUAUGUGGACACACAUGAACCAGUUCAGUCUGUGGGCAGUGGCGGUUUGUACAAUAGGAAAUCAGAGCCAGAAAGUUUACAGUUUGUCAUGUUUGACACUAGCGAGUGUUGCCCCUGUCCCUCUCCUGCCCACGACUACAGAAUCCUACGUAUGAUCAUAAAUGUGCGAGGAAAACACUCCCGCACACUGUGUGACUUGCAGUGCUAUAAUCAUUUGUGAUAUAAAUAUAAAUAUUAUUCUCUUUAUUAGAAACCAUAUGCCUCGUGAAGAUCUAACACCAAAAUAUCACAAGUAUGUGCAAGUAAGAUAGUGUGCGGGAGUUUUUGCCACAACAUUUUGGUCACUUUACUUUUUCACCUGCAAGAGAUGUGCAAAUUAUAUUUCUGUUUUACAUUGGGAGUGUCUUAACAGAAUCAGUACAGGACAUUUUGAUGAACAGUUAUUAUAAUUUUGUUUUAGAAUAUUACAUCAACUAAUAUUAAUGUGUAUUAACCAUGCAACGUUUUCUUGCAUACAGUAUCAUGCCGUCAAGCGUAGAUGAAACAAAUGAGUCGGUUUCUUAGACACGGAAGUUGCAAAUCAAAAACUACUUAUGUCGUUUUGUUGUCCUUAGAAAAAACUUUUCCCUCAUUUUGUCAACAUAAUCAUUUAAUCUCAUGUCGAUUAGUUUUUAAUCUCCUUACACAUAUUUUUCCAUUAGAUCAGAUGAAUAUUUUAAUGUGUCUAAUAUCAGUGUAACUCCUUUGUAAAUAAUCAUGAGUUAUUUAAAAAAAAAAAAGAGUAUAAGAAAUUACAGUUUUUAUACCAACACCUGAAUGUGCUUUUAUUACAUUAAUUAGACAAACCAAUAUUUGUAUGUGUACCAAAAGAUAAUAAUAACUAAAUGACUGCGAAGGUGACACAGUACAGAUCCACCUUUGAACAACUGGAUGUCUUAAAUAAAAUCCAGAUUUAGCAAGUUGUAAAAGUAUCUGUUCGACUGGUAUUAACAGAUUUAUCAGAUUUUUUUUUUCUCCUUUUCCUUUUGAUUUAAUUAAAUUGGAUGAUAUGUAACUGCAGAUUGUGUGUUAGUUGGAUGCGUGUCUGGCUGUUGACUGUUCUUCUGUAUCUGCAUGCUGUUGGUAGGUAUCAUUCAUGCACGUGAUACGCUAAAUGCUGCAUGCUACGAAGUAUGAAACCCCAAAGAGUUCCAACCUUUAAACGAUGCUCCACUCCAAGUCAUGUGUUGUUGUUGUUUCGUCGGUCUUGAAGAAGUCGACUUCAAUUGAUAUGGAUUGCAGUGUUUUCCAAUGGUGACGCCCUUUUUCUGUGGGGAAAAGUGUCAAAAGCUGUUUGCUCGGGGGGUCGAAACUAGACUGCCUCCAUCUCAUGGCUCUUUACACACCAUGUUGUUUGUAGGUCCUAAUGAAACCUACAGGAAGACAGAGAUAAUAACAUAGUUCCACAUUGGGUGAAUUUAAAGUUGGCCGUUAGAAAUAACAGAUAAAUACCUUAAUGCUGAGUUCACACCAAACGCAAUUACAAUACGUAAAAAUUAUAUAUCCCAUCAUUUGCUUGUCUUCUGCUGGAGUUAGUAUUUUUGAACUUUUGAAAUGUGUGUCACAGGACAGGAAAUCUGCAUCGAGACUGAAGUUCACCGGUAUCACAUCCGGGCACCGACCCGAUCUAGCAGGUCAUCGAAUAGUUUCUUAAGCUGCGUGUGCACCUCUGUAUGGUGGUUGAUCCUCAAAUAGGAGCUGGUACAUCAGAUGUUUCCACAUGAGGUACAAAACAGAAACUGUACUUUCACUUUAGCCAGACGUCCUCCUCUCCACUUUUCCAGAGAACAAGCAAACAUUUAGGGCUUGUGUUCACACGCGAGUAAAGCGGCAAGAAACUCUUUGCGUUUGGUUUGAACCCACCACUACAAGGCUGAUUUCAGUUUAGAUUGUUAGUGAGUUUGAAAUAACACAACUGAUUGUAAAACCCUGAAAGUCCGAAUUCUCAGGCGGUUGUGUGAGCUGUGUGUGUUUGAGUGAAAAGUGAACAACAACAGUGAUUUUGCCAAAUAUAAAAAAAAUCCAGAUUGUGGGGAGUAAAGAGAAAGCAGAAAAGACAUAUAUCAAAUAUUAUGAAUUUAAAUAGAUACUGAUACUUUAUUCUCCUGAAACCCAGUUGCUGGCCCUAGAGCAGUGCCCUUUACAAGCCUGAUAUAUAUACAUAUUUAUAAAUACAGUAUGUGUCCUGGUUCCCUUUGCCUUUUAGGGCAGCGUAGAACAGUGAAUCCAGAUCCAUAGUGAGUUCCUAGGCCAGUGGGACCAGUUGCUCUCCAGUGUCUCAUGAAUGGGGUUUUAUGUUAUAUUCUAAAUGUUGUGUCGUUGUCGAUCUGUUAAUGUUGCCAUUGGUUUUGACUGUUUGUCCUUUUUAAUUUCUCUAGAUCCUGCUCAUGUAAUUCAGGAAUGUUUUAAAACUGAUAUAUCACAUUGGAAAACUCAUAUCUGACUGAUGUAGAUAGGAACUAUUGAAACGUAAUGUUCUCUCCAGGUGUUUUUCUUUCUAAGAGUCACGCUCUCCUGCCGUGUUUCCUGUAAUGUAAAACCUUUUGCAUGUGCCAAACCUGAAAAAUGCCAGAACCCGACAAUAGCAGCGUUGCACUAGCUGUAGUUACGUGGAUGACUCUUUGUGAGAGCUUCUCCCUGUAUGACCUGAGACCUGCAUAAAGCCACACAUGGCAUAUAACACAGUACGAGCAUGAUGCCAUGAUUAGCGUAUUAUUACUAUAUUCUCCGGUCCUGUUCAAAGUGAUGUCUUAAUAUCAUUUUAGCUUGUGGAGCAUUUAAUUUAGCACCCACAGUGAAUAUUACUUACUCGGACCUAGGUCAGCAGCAGUCUCGGGCUCCUCCGGGCCGAACUCUAACCUCCGUGUUUUCAGACUUAGUCGUCUAGAAACCAUCCCUUUAAUAGAAUCCAGGCUCCUCAUGUCUUCUUGCUUAGAUGUUUUCAGACUGUCAAGUCACAGUCAAAAAAAACAAAAAACAGAUUAAUACUCUCCCAGUGUGUGCCUUUCCCAACUCCACCCCCCUUUUAAUCCUCAUCCUCCUAACGUCUCCAUGUUGCUCCAUCACUCGACUUAAUGCGUUUUAAACACAAACAACCCUUGUUCCUUUACUCAGUUCUACUCUGUUAGUGUUUCAGCUCACCACACGUGAAUCCUCAUGAAUGUAAAUAAAAGAAUCUUUUGAAAAAAAAAAAAAAAAUCAACCUCCUCACACUUCCUUCACCUUCGUCGUGUGUGCGUGCAUCAGAAUUUUAUGCACAUUUGAUUGAUUGACACCAAUAACCUUCACAGUCUCAUCCCUGUCUGCUUGCUUUACCUUUACCUCCCUGUGCCUAUUAAUGACUGAAUGAUGAAGGUGAUGGAGACACCCGUCGGCAGUAGACAUUCAAACAAUGAACAUGUGAUGGCUCAGUGGGAGACGAUGGUGUCUCGUUUGAAGGACAACCCUCCUGUGCCUCGUCACAUUGAACCGUCCCUCCACUCGUUCGUCUCGUGCGCUCCCCCUUUCACGCCACACCUGCUCUUCCUUCCUUCCUUCAGUGCCUGGGCCCAAAGUCAAUCCCUCGUCUUAUCGGCAGUGUCCUCCUCCUUCUUUCACUCCUUCAACUCCAUCAGGCCGGGAGGGCUGUUGACUCCUCUUGAGCGAUUCACUCCACACAGUUGGCGUCACUCCUCCCUCCUCCUGCUCCUCCCCCUGUACUGAUUCACACCACAGGACAGGGAUCAGCGAAUUGAUUUUACUUUGUUUAUGUUAGUUUUGUUUGCUUCAUCCAUUUUUUUGUUAGUAAGUGAUUAGGACAUCUAAAAGAUUGUGAAGUCAAUCCUUCCAAUGUAUUGAUAUUUGAGAGAGAGAGAUAUCUUUAUGAUUGUUUUUCUCCCAAUUCAUUCAUUUCUCCUUUUCCUUAUUUAACAUAUUUCUUCUCUGUAGCAAGUCAUUACUCUCCCCUCUGUGUCCUGUUUGCUGUGAGAUGAGAGAGCUGAAGGGAGCUGCCGUCUCUGUGGCUGUACACAGAGCACAGGAUCAGCGAUGUGCAGGAAUGCCUUAUCUCCUAAACCCAAACAUCAGCGCGGUCUCCAACGCUCCUCUCUUCAUUUCAUUCAUAACCUCAGCGUCCCCUGUACGUUGUACAUAAAAUGACUUACAGUAGAUAUCUAGACUGUAAAAGAAAAAUGAUAAUGUAUUUUGCAAAUGGUGUUUGUUUUCUCUCCUCGUCAGCCUGAAAACCUUUCAAAUGAGUCUGAGCUUCUUACCCAGUAACUGAUUGUCUCAUUUGUACCUAAUGUAUGAUAAUGCUAAUAAAAAAAAGAAAAUGACA